GACUAGAAACGGAAGCCGAUCCCCAUGCUGUCACGUGAUUGAUCUGAAAACCGAAGGUCGUUCGGUGGUUUGGAGCUUGAGGAAGUGGUUCGUUAUCGGCGCCAUGAAACAUUAUGAGGUGGAGAUCUUGGAUGCCACGACUAAGCAGAAGCUCAGUUUUCUGGACAAGGUGGAGCCUAAUGCCACAAUUGGAGAGAUCAAGGUUAUGUUCCAUAAGAACCAUGCCCAGUGGUAUCCUGCCAGGCAGUCCUUCAGACUGGAGCCGAAAGGGAAGUCACUGAAGGACGAAGAAAUCUUGCAGAGUCUCCCUGUUGGUACCACAGCCACUUUUUACUUCAAAGACCUCGGUGCUCAGAUUGGGUGGGUCACGGUGUUCCUCACGGAGUAUGCUGGGCCUUUGUUAAUUUACCUGCUGUUCUAUUUCCGGCUGCCGUUUAUUUAUGGUCCUAAACAUGCUUUCACCUCAAGUCCACAUUCGGUUGUACACCUUGCCUGUAUUUGCCACUCCUUCCACUACAUUAAGAGGCUGCUAGAGACGUUAUUUGUUCACCGCUUCUCCCAUGGCACCAUGCCAUUGCGCAACAUCUUUAAGAAUUGUACAUACUACUGGGGCUUUGCUGCUUGGCUGGCAUAUCACAUCAACCACCCACUCUACACGCCUCCUGCCUAUGGAGAUAAGCAGGUGAAAAUAGCAUUUGCCAUAUUUCUGUUCUGUCAAAUAGGGAACUUCUCAAUCCAUGUAGCACUGAGGAAUCUUCGGCCGGCAGGCUCCAAGACACGCAGGAUUCCCUUCCCAACAAAGAACCCCUUUACCUGGCUCUUCCUCUUGGUGUCUUGUCCCAACUACACCUAUGAGGUGGGCUCCUGGAUUGGCUUCACCGUGAUGACACAGUGCCUGCCAGUUGCAUUGUUCACCCUGGUUGGGUUCAUCCAGAUGGCGAUCUGGGCAAACAGCAAGCACCGCAGCUACCUGAAGGACUUCCGUGAUUAUCCGCCUCUGCGCACACCCAUCAUCCCCUUCGUCCUGUAGAAGCUGGACUCUGCCAGUCGGGGCAGGGAGGGGGCUUUGUGAAUCCCCUACCCCUCCCUCUCCUCUCGUCUUUCUGUCUCCCUGUCCUUUCUGCAAAAAAAAACCAAUCACAAGCUUCUGCAGCACCCUCUGGUUACACAGUCCUGCGUUUUCUCCCUGAUCUUGUGAUUGAGAACCCACUGGGGUGAUCUUGACUUUCAAUGCUGUGUCUCAGGGCUUGGAUGGAACGUUUCAGGGAGGGCAGCUGCUCUAAGAAUAUUAAAACUCCGGUUCUGCUAGGAUGCUUGAAGACUUCCUCCAUAUUUCAAACUUAGAGGACAGGGUCUCCUUGAAAUCGUGCUGCUGUGUUGCAUUCCCAUGUCCUAUAAUUGUCAGGGCAGUUGGAACAUGGACUGUUGGUCCUUGUACAAAUAUUGCUGCUUACUUCACCCUAUUUCGCCUUUGCCUGCCUCAUAACCCCCUUUGCACCCUAAUUUACUGCUAGCCUCCUCUCACUGUUGGACACCUGGACAAUGUAGUCUUAAAGAUACUCAGUAGUGAGGCAGAGCAGAUCCCUUUCAUCUGGUACACCAAGCUUUGUACCUGUUUCCCACGUGUUCUCCAUCAGUGUGAGAUGAAGCUGUUUGUACUCUCAUCCCUGUAGUUUAAAUGUCUGGCAGCCCAAGCCCUGUGAGCUGUGCUUGUGAGUGUGUCCUGUCUCUGAACUUUGGGAUUUGUUAGAAUCAGCAGCUGCUUUUAGUGGUUGUUACAGAGGUUUCAACUACACUGUUGGGAGAUCUGGGCAAUGUUAGUUGUGUGUUGUGGGUUCUGGUGGCUGCUUGGUGUCAACGAUUCCUUUUCACAGGAAAUCCUGGCGGCCCUGGAGCUGCACAGAAGUCUUCACUAAGGGCCCCAGAAAAUGAAAGGGUGGGACAGGAGCUCUAGUUUCCAGCCUAUCCCCACUGCCAAUCAACUCUGCACACUCUGAUCCUUCAUAUCAGAGUGGAGGGAGCUUCUCCUGUGUCUAAUCCCUGCUGUAGCUGUCUGGGAUUGUCUGAUAGACUGGAACACAUUCAGGUGUUCGGGAAGAACUGGGUGGGUUGCAGGGCUUUGGUCACAGAUCUCCGUGAUAGGGAUGAGACCAGAUCACUUUCAUUAUUGCUGGCACUGUGUUUGGCCUCCCACCCCCACACUUCCUAGAUUUCUUUCUCUCCGUCACCCCUGACUUUUAUUUUUCUCUGACAAAUUGACGAGGAGCAGUUACAGCCCCUUGUGAUGGAGCAAAUGAACAAUAAGACCAAAGCAGGUCCCAGCACUGAAUAUCAGCAGAGACCUCAUCCUGCUGAGAAAUCUCAUUUGCACUGUGUAGUAGGGUUGGGGUAGGGCAGGGGGAUUAAGAAUAUCGGUGUGGAGUUUUCCUGGCUUAGUUUAACUGUGAGGCUGCAUGAGGAAUUCAUUCAACUUCUGUUUCUUGCACUCUGAUUGAAUCGCUGCUCCUCAUAAUUUUAAGUCUUAAUAUCAACGGUGCGACUAACUGCUGUCUAUGUGUAAUGGCGACGCAUUGCGCGGUUUCGAUACUCCUGCUAUCUGCUAAAUGUCGUUCAAUGAUGUUCUGGUAAUUGUAUCUGUGGCUUACUGGGGAAGAUUGGGCUUUCAGAUAACAACUUUAGAUUCUGGUGAUUCAUUCUUUGUGAUAGGAGAUUAAAGGAACAAUUUUCUUCAAACUCUGCACAUAAGCAAUAAUUAUUCUGUUUCUUUGUAAACAAUAAACUUCAUUCGUCUGGUA